CGUGAAACAGAAACUAGAAAAUAAAAUAAACAUCAUAACCAAGAUUCUAGAACUAGAUCUAGAUCUAUAUUUUUUUCAAAGCUGUUAAUUUACUGUUAAAAUGGCAUUUUUGGAAACUGACACACUAGGACAAGAAAGAUUUUCUCUACUUCUCCUUGAUCCUGGAGAAAUUUACUUUGAAGAUUUUAGUGUUUUCUACUACCCUGCUGGCCUUUCUUUACAACAAGCAAUCAACAAAAAACAACGAGGGCACUUAAAACUGUGUUCUAAGUCUAUUGUAUUUGUACCUCAGGAAAUACAGUUUCCCAUCUUGAAGUUCCCUCUUAGGUUUGUUCAAAAUAUUGAUGAAUGGACUGGUGGGUUGUUUACAAAAGUGGAAAAAGGUAUCAUGAUCUCUACACAACAAACAGUGGAGAUGAAAGAGAAAAAUAUUGUGGCACCUUUUAUUUUUAAAAAGGAAGAAUGCCAGCAUUUAUUUUCUUUGAACUAUGCAUCUGUUGAUGACUGCUUGCCUCAAAUGUGCCAGCUCCAUAGAGCAUCUACUCUACCUCCUUGUGAUCAGCAGGCUAUGCUGAAUGCCAUUAUGUUGUCACGCCAGUCUAGAGUCAAGUUCAACACAAGCUGGUUGGAAGAUAUUUAUGAAAAGAUAAUUCUGGAGACACGAGGAGAUAGAAUAACCCCCCUUGUUACCAACCCAGGUCGAAUUAUGCUGACAUCUAGUCGCCUAUACUUUCAGCCUUUCAGCAACAUUGACAAAUGGCCUGUGUUGAAAUUUCGUAUAAAGGACAUCAAAAGAUUAAUCUGUCGCAGAUUUCUAUUGAGGCAACUUGGUUUGGAGAUAUUCUGUGGUGACUCUGCUCCAGUAUCCCAUUUAUUUAUUGCCUUUAAGACUGAAGAAGCAAGAAAUCAGCUCUAUGAAAACAUCAUGAACUCUUCUGAUCUCUGCCUGGAUGAUACAAGACAAGAAGACAUGACUCUUAAGUGGGUCAAUGGAGUAAUUUCAAACUAUGAUUACUUGCUGUAUCUUAACAGUUUAGCAGAUAGAAGCUUCAAUGACUUGUCUCAGUACCCUGUCAUGCCUUGGGUUAUUCAGGACUACACCAGUCAAUCCUUAGACCUUAACAAUGAAGAAGUAUACAGGGACCUCAGCAAACCUAUUGGUGCCUUGAAUACUGAAAGACUAGAAAGAAUUUUGGAGAGACUGCCAGAUUUAUCAGAACCAAAGUUCCUGUAUGGCUCUCAUUAUUCUACACCUGGAUAUGUGCUCUUCUAUUUGGCCAGGAUUGCCCCUGAGUAUGUGUUGUGUUUACAAAAUGGCAAGUUUGAUCACCCAGACAGAAUGUUUAACAACUUGUUUGAUACAUGGAACAAUGUACUUGCUGGGGCUUCAGACUUCAAGGAGUUAAUUCCUGAGUUCUACAAUGGAUCAGGGGAUUUCCUUGUACACAGAGGGCCAGUUACUUUUGGAUUCCGAAAUGACAGUCGACCAGUUGGUGAUGUUGAACUUCCUCCAUGGGCUUCCACUCCGUCAGAAUUUAUAUCAAUUCUGCGUAAUGCGUUAGAGUCUGACAUUGUCUCACGUAGCAUUCAUCACUGGAUUGAUCUCAUAUUUGGCUUUCAACAAAGGGGAGAUGAAGCUUGGAAAGCUAAUAAUGUAUUUUACUACUUGACGUAUGAAGGAGCCAUUGAUCUUGAUAGCAUCCAAGAUGAAGCAGAACGUAAAAGCUUGGAGACCCAGAUCAUGGAGUUUGGCCAGGCGCCCAAACAGCUCUUCAAAACUCCCCACCCGCAGAGGUUCAAGUCCCAGGCCAUCCCCAAACUGUUUGAUACUCUACCUCAGGUCGCCUCUAUUGAAACAGCUCCUGUUGCUGAUGUCAUUAGCUCCCCUGCUGACUCUCCAGAUGGUGGGGUCAACAAGAAGGAGGGAGUGAAAAAACUGGACCUCAGCAAACUGACGUGUCACCUGCAGUACACACUUCAUAAAGAUGCUGUGACCGAGGUGAGGAUGUCUCCUGAUGGACUGAGUACUUUCUCUGUAUCUCAAGACAGUUUCCUGAAAAUGUAUUCACUGGAGGACCAGAGACAACUUCGUAGUGUCAACAUGUCUGCAAUGGCACUCUCCUCGUGUGAAGUUAUGGAAGAUAACAAAACUAUAGUAGUGGGAUGCUGGGAUAACAAAGUAUAUUUUUACAGCAUAGAAUAUGGCAGAGUUUUGGACAAAUUGAAUGGACAUGAUGAUGCUGUUUCCUGUGUUCGAUGGAAGUCUGGCAAACUAUUUACUGCUUCAUGGGAUUCCACUGUCAAGGUAUGGGAAAUGGACUUUGCUAAUACACCAAGUGGUCUUCCCAAUCCUGAGUAUUUGGGUCAAUUGGAUCAUGAUGAAGGUGUGACAAGUCUAGACAUUGAUGACAACUGUGUUGUCAUGGUGACUGGCACUAAAGAUGGACACUUGUCUCUAUGGGAUUUGAUCCACUUAUACUCCCUAUCUAGUCACGCAGCCCACUCUGGUGCAGUCAAUGCCUGCCUACUGAGCCCUGACAAGCACAGGAUCUACUCUUGCGGAGCUGACAACCUGCUCAAAGUUUUAGAUGUGGAAACUAUGACAGAGUUAUUUGCUAAAGAUCUCAAACAUCAGAUAUGCUGUAUGAGCCGACUUGAUUCUACCUGUAUCCUAACUGGUGACGCUGGAGGUAAACUAUGUUUGUGGGAUAUGGACAAAGGGCAGGUCACUCAAAAGUUGAAAGCGCAUAAUGGAGCAGUGACUUGUAUGGAUCUUCACUACAGAGAUGUCUUGUUGACAGGGGGUAGUGACAGAACAGUCAUGCUAUGGAAGCAACAACAUUAGCUGUAUGUCUAGUUGACAGGGGGUAGUGACAGAAUAGUCAUGCUAUGGAAGCAACAACAUUAGCUGUAUGUCUAGUUGACAGGGGGUAGUGACAGAAUAGUCAUGCUAUGGAAGCAACAACAUUAGCUGUAUGUCUAGUUGACAGGGGGUAGUGACAGAAUAGUCAUGCUAUGGAAGCAACAACAUUAGCUGUAUGUCUAGUUGACAGGGGGUAGUGACAGAACAGUCAUGCUAUGGAAGCAACAACAUUAGCUGUAUGUCUAGU